AUGCCCGACCGAAUUUCUCGUUUCAAGGCAAAAUUGCUCGGUCGAUUAUCUCCAAAAGCGGAUGCGGAUCCGAGUGCCCACCCCAACUCAACCCCCCUCUCUGAUCCGCUUCAUGUCUCCAACAAAUCCCCGGCAUACAGCAUCGUCUCUGCUCCAGCUGGUCGCUCCGUCGAGGAUAUAGGUUCUCCAGACCAGGUCGAACCCCCGUCUCGAGAGACCCAACAGAAGACCUCCGCAUCGGCACCUCCAUCCGAACGCCAUCCUCCUACAGGGACUCGCACCGGUACCUCGUCGUUGACCGAGCCAUAUAACUCUUCGCAGCCGACUCCUAUCUCGGGCGACGGUCCAACCCCCCUCGAAACACCUCCGUUGGCGACUCCUCAGCAUUCCGACAACACCUCCUUCCAGUCCGCCACCCACUUGAAAUCCCAGACCCCAAUCUCCGCCGACAGCCAAUUGACCCCGACUCUGAAUCCGGUGACAGAAUUGGCUACGGAUGAUCGCCGACCGUCUGCCUCUUACUUCACGCCCCCUUCGAGCAAGCGCCCUACCCUGGCGACCCGCCGGCAAUCUCUUCUCCCUGCAACGCAACAACACCUGAUAAGCGGCGUACAGGAAGGAAAUCUCUUCUCUUCAGACCCCGGCAGUGGUUUCACUCCCUACAUUCCUUGCGAGAUGGUCACACGUCGGAUUUGGGUCAAACGACCGGGUGGCUCGGCUACCUUGGUGCCGUGCAGAGAGGACGCAGUGGUGGAUGAGCUCCGGGACCAGGUGAUCAUGAAAUAUACGAACUCGUUAGGCCGAAGCUUUGAUUCGCCCGAUAUCGUGAUUCGGGUUUCGCCGCGGGAUGGCUCGAAUCGAGGCCACACCGAGCGUCUUUUGGGCCCAGAGGAGGUCCUGUCCUCGAUCCUCGAUUCAUACUACCCCGGUGGGCAAACGAUCGAGGAAGCGUUGGUGAUCGAUGCGCCGACACGGAGAACCCCGAAGCCAUCGCCACGCCAUUCCAUCUACCAGCACCACCACGCGGAACCCGGCGAGCAUGGAGAUUACUUCCCUCUCAUGCCGCCGGUCAAUGCGACCGCAGGUUCGCCGUCGGUCCACCCUCCGUCGGCCACGGCUAGUGCACCAUCGAUCUCGAUUCUGAACACGGGGGUUGCUCCUGCGCUGCCAUCCCCCGGAACACGCAGACGGCUUCCAGGGCAUCCAGGGCAGCGACCUCCGCUUACACGACACAAAACAAAUUCUCCCACGCUUCAUACUCAAAAUCCUGGUGUAAUAGACGCCGGGAUGUCUCCUCAUUCUCAGUCUAUUCCUUCCACCGCGCCCACAUUGCCAACGCCUCCUGCGGCAGCACCGCCAGUAGAGUCUUCGCAGCCAAAAUCACACACUCCCCCAGCGGCAUCACCUCGCACGCUCAGAAAGCCCAAAGCCGCCACUUCUCCCGGUACAAUGUUUGGCGGAUUGAUCGACGGCACCGUCCCGCCAAUCAAUGUCCUUAUCGUGGAAGACAAUAUCAUCAACCAAAAACUUCUGGAGGCCUUUAUGAAGAGGUUGAAAGUGCGGUGGAAGUGCGCAGCGAACGGCGAAGAGGCAGUGCGGAAGUGGAGGCAAGGCGGAUUCCAUUUGGUCCUGAUGGACAUCCAGCUUCCCGUGAUGAACGGUCUGGAUGCCACCAAGGAGAUCCGGCGUCUAGAGCGCUUAAAUGGCAUUGGUGUCUUCCCGAAGACAGCCUCUGGGCGUUUCAGCGCGGCCAAUACCUCUGCACCGGACAGGAGAAUCGGCCUCCACCGGACCGUCAGUGAACAGGACACUUUAAGCGAUCUUUCGUUGUUCCGGAGUCCGGUCAUCAUCGUCGCAUUAACAGCCAGCAGUUUGCAAAGUGAUCGACACGAGGCAUUGGCUGCUGGCUGCAACGACUUCUUGACUAAGCCCGUCGGAUUCCCCUGGCUCGAGCAGAAAGUGACGGAAUGGGGCUGCAUGCAGGCCCUGAUCGACUUCGAAGGCUGGCGGAAAUGGCGUGGGUUUGUAGACUCUCCUCGUCCCGCCUCGCCGGCCACGCCAGCCAUCGACUCAUCAGCCAGUCCAAUGCAGGGUGGCUAUCGCACAGAGCCGCAUGAGCCUUCGUCGCCUUCUAUUUCACGUGCGGAUGCCAAGAAGUCAGACGAAACCGACAGGCCCUCCCUCCCCGACGCUGCGCAACUCCUACGAGAAGAUUCAUGGGGUAGCGGCAGUCCCGAUACAUUAGAUUCGCCCUCGAGCCCGCAGCUGCCCACACCAGAUGCGGCAGCACCUAGCGAUAUACCCCCUCUGAACGAAAGCUAA